AUGCAUUAUGUUACUGAAUUUGCAUAUGGUGGACAUCCCUAUCCUUUCAGUGGCAUCUUUGAAAUCAACCCUGGCAAUGCUGCUGAGCUCGGAGAGACAUUCAAGUUCAAGGAGGCCAUUGUUCUGGGCACCACAGACUUCACAGAGGAGGACAUCGAUAAAAUCAUGGAGGAGCUGGGAAAGGAGUUCAAAGGGAACGCGUACCACCUGAUGCACAAAAACUGCAACCACUUCUCCUCCUCACUGUCAGAGUUGCUGUGUGGGCGUGAGAUUCCACGCUGGGUGAACCGCCUGGCGUACUUCAGCUCCUGUAUCCCGUUUCUCCAAAGCUGCCUGCCCAAGGAGUGGUUGACGCCAGCCGCACUGCAGUCUCACAUCAGCAUGGGCCUACACAAGGACGACCAGCACGACUCCAGCGAUGAUGACCCAAACUCUCCAUCAGGGGGCGCUGCGACGGGCUGCUCCUCCCACGGUUGCCGUCACACCAGAGUCUGACCCACGCUACAGAGAUGUACUAUCACAUUGAACUGUGGGUCCCUCGUUCCCAUUGGCCCAAACAACCACCUGACCUCUAGAAUAUGGGAAAUAGCUGCUGCCACUGUUAGGACAAGCCAUGGCCUCUGUAAAAAUACAAGAGGCAAACUUUAAUUUUGAGCUGUGAAAAAUGCUCGGACUUGACAACAGACUGCUACAACUUUGUAUUUAUUACUAUUAGUCUUUUCCAUGGAGUUUUAAACUUUUGUCCCUGGCUUCAGAGCUGUUUGUUUUUAACCAGAUUCCUACCCUGAGAUAUAAAAAUGUUGGGACAAUGGGUGGAAAAAUAUCACAAACACAUUUUGUGCUGAUCUAAUAGAAGCCUUUUGUUCACAAUGAGACAUACCACAUAUCAGGUAUUUUGAGUGUUUUUAACAUCAACGUAAUAGACCACAUUCAAAUCAAGCAGUAAACUUUCUAGGGGGGAGAUCCUAAUCCUUGCAGCUAAUAACACGCAUAUAAUAUUGAAUAAACAAUCCCAUACAGACAAGUUGCUGCUGUCAAUCUCCAACAUAAAAAAGCUUCAUGUGUCCAUUGUGAAAAAAUGCAUUUAUGGAUUCUGCAAAUGAGUGUGGGCAGUUAAUCACAUAUUUAUUGGUGUUCCCAACUGUUUUUAAUAUAGGCAAAACAAAAGACUGUUCAUAUUGGGGAAAUAACCAGGUAAACCCCUUUUCUUUUAAACAGUAAUUUUUGUUCAAUGACCUCAAUGUGGCCUUCAGUUAAUAGUGUUGGAUACAUUUUCUUUGGCCAUUUUUAGAGGUAACUUUAGAACGAGGAUUUGACUGCUCCUCAGAAUGAGUAAAGAAAAUGUUGCAUGUUGAAAUGACAUGAUAAACAGGAAAUCUAUCUGAAAAUUAUUCCUAUGGUGCAACCUGCAAAUGAGUCAGGGUUUUUGCAGGCCCUUAAGUCAAUUUGGAAGUGAACAGCUCUGGCACUGAAGAACUACAACUAUAUAAGCAAAUUAUUAAUUCAAUAAACUAAUAUCAUUGCUACCUUGUCAAAGUCUAUGAGAAUUCUAUGCUGUGUAAUUCAUAAUUUAUUGUUAAUACUUAUGAAUUUUUCAAAUCAACUCCUUGCAAAAACCCUGCUUUGUUGCAAGACAAAAGCAAAAAGUGUUCACUCAUCUCAGAAGAGCUGAGCUGCUCUAAAUGCACAACUGGUAACUUUGUCUUGUUUUUAUUGGAAAAUAAGAAUUACAAGUAUGGAACAACUUCUAAAACAUGACUAUUCCCAAUCCUAGAGGUUUGUUUCCUAACAAUAUCACAAUUUAAGUGGAUUCCUUAACAAAUAUAUAUCAAGACUGUGUCCUUUUGGUGCUCUUCAAUCUAUUUUAAUCAGGUAUAAAGGUGUCAUUGCUAAUGUAUGCUUGGAAUGAAUGAGAUAGAGAAAUGGUGAUGCUAAAUAAUACAUUAUCCAACUGGAUUAUAUUAAAUAGUCUUUUUAAUGGAGCUAUGUUGAAACUGUCACGUUAGUACAGUAUGUUUUUUUUUUCUCAUCUGAGAAUGCACCAUCCAACUUUUACAAACAUUUGAAUAAGGGUUGAAUUGUGCAUAGCUUGCACAGUGCUUACUUUACUCUUUCUUGUGUGUGGGAUUGGCAGAAAAAGUAUACAAAUUUAUGAGCCCUUAAUUCUUCUUUUUUUUACAUACAAGGUUCUCACUUGCACUAUGAUAGACUCUACAGUUAAUUUAAAUAUAACGUCCUAAAUAGUUAAACCCUCAGGUCCAAGAAAGUCCCAUAAUUUGAAGUAAAAAACUAAAAACAACAUACACAUGUUGCUACAUGAGAUUUUGGUUUAAUAUAAAAAAAUAUUUGCACUUUCUUAUAAUUUCUAAUUUUAAAAUAAUUCCAGGCAUACUGACAUAACAGUUGAGCUAUGUUUUGAACCAAACUGAAAUUAUUUACUUUUCCUUGCCUUUUAGUCUGCCUUUUUGAUUUAACUUUUAAUUCCUCUUAUGUUUUAUUUAUGGCAUUCUGACAGUUACAAGUGUAAAAUCAGUCAGUCCAGAUUCUAACAUUUUAAGGAGCCCUUUUACAGGAAAAUCUUAACAUUUUACCCAUUUUCGUUGUUCCUUUAUUUAUUUGUUAUUGGUCACGGAGUGUCUUAUGUAUAUAUUUUAGUUGACCAUGAUUAGUAUUACUGACAACUUUUACACAGCAAGUAUUUUUUUCCCAUUGUGUCGUCAAUGUCCACCCAAACGUCUUUCCUAACAAUUUCAAGAAUG